CAACUGACCACCUCAGACCUCUCACAACUUUUGAACCAUGUUUGCUCUGAAGACGGCGCUGCCUUCAAUGCGCUCCGUCGCAACCACGCGCGGACUGGUCUCCGCGCGGAGCUUGUCCAGCUCGGCAUCCAUGAGAAACGCCGCCACCUCGUCGCUGCCCGCAAAGAAGCCCGUCGGGGCAUUCCGUGGGGGAUUAUUUGGCUUUCUGGCCGGUUCCCUCACUGCCGGCGCUUCCGUGUACUACUACAUCCUGGGAGAAUACCGGACGUCCAACGAGAUGUUGACUGAAGAUAUAAGUGCGCUCCAAUCAGCAACGCAUAGACUGCAGAAAUACAUCGGCGAGCUGGAGUCGAAAGUCGACCAGCUCAAGAAGAAAUGAGAAACCCACCCACGCUACUCUACGGUCGUUACCUUUAGUUUCCUUAUGAGCUCCCUUGCGUCUUGAUUCCUUUUCCCGCGUCUUAAGCAGGCUAUCAUCUAUGAGUAUAGUUUCUAUCUUGUAUGGGCGGGUGUUGUAGGAAUGGCGGCUUGAACUUGCACCUUCCCAACGCCUGUCCUCCUAUAUCCAUAUCUGUAACAUACUUUUGCAAUUAAGAGAAUUCAACUACUGC